AUGUCGGACAAUAGUGACAGUCAGAAUAGGUCAGAGGAGCACCAGAAUCUCAAUUCUGAAGAUGAGGAUUUUGUGAUUGAUGAGGAGGUCACUUACAAGAAGAAGGUGAUCAAGAAGGAACAAGUUGCUGCUGCUGGCAUCAAGCCUGGCAUGAAGAAGAAGGCUCCUACUCAGAGGAAGCCAAUGUCCAAAGUCAGAGCCUCAACUCAGGAAACUAUGGCGUUCACUCUUGAACCAAGAGAAGAAGAGGCUGCUGGAGGCAAGAAGAGGAAAGAAAGGGUCAAGAAGACCAUAGCCAGAGUGAUUGGCAGAUCCUCAAUGAUGAAAGAUCCAGAUGAAGAUGAAGAAGAGGAAGAAGAUGCUUUACCAUCUCACAAAUCUCGGAAGUUGAUGGGAGAUGCUAUCAAGUCUGGGGCUGCUCCAUCCAAGCCCAAGACAGCUCCCAAGCAAUCUUCACAAGCUCAAGCUCCAAAGCCAACAACACCUAAGAGAAGCACAAGAAAUAUCCCAGCUGCGGAGAAGAACAAGGCCCAAGUGUCUGAAGUUCAAGAAGAGGAAGAGCCCCAAGUGCUCAGGAAGCUCAAGCCUAAGAUACCACAUCAUGAUGACAACCAUCCCUAUGCUACAAGGAGAAGGACUGAUGUGGAUUACAGGUUUCACACUAAGGAGCAGCAGGACUUCUAUGAGACAGUUCUCCUGGACAAGAAGCCCAUAGUCAGUGACAUGAGAUGGGUAGACUUGAAGUUCAUUGAUGACAAUGAAGACUACUUCCUUGGAGUUCAUGAGAGCUUCAGAAUGAAUGGAGUUGACAAGUUUGUUGGUCAGAAAUUAACUAAAUGGAAUAUGGCAAGAUAG